AUGGCAAUUCGCGUGGCCGCUCGGCGCCUGGCCGUGCCAGCCUCAUCGUUACCCCGAACCCCCGCGGUACUCUCCAAGAACCUAGGCCCUACCGUUCAGUUUCGAUCGAAAUGGAUUGAUGCUCUGUCUGGAGCAUUCAAAUCUCUACGGGCUAGUAACUCCGUUCGCAAAACUUCGGCAUCAGACGCUGGCGGUGUCGCACUCGAAGAUCCCAAGAAACGCCAGGAGCAGCUCGCCCGGACCCUGCAGACAAGCAAUACCGAAGGCAGCAUCUUCCAGGAUGAGAUCGAGACUCCAAAGUCAAAGGAAAAUGCGGCUUCUCCCGCCGGGGAGUUGACUCGCGAGACAGAGAAGACGAGAGCGAAUACAGCCAUGGUCACCGACCCCGACCCACGGGCACGAGUCCGCUGGCAACGGAAAAAGGUCAUCCAAAUGGUCAAGCGCAAUGGGCAGCUUACCAAGGAGGAGAGGAUUACGAUGACAGAGAGAGAGCUGUUACAUAAGAGCGAAUUUCUGCCUACUUCGGUCAAGAAGCUUGUUAUGCUUUCCCGCCAAAUUUCAGGCAAGACUGUCGACGAAGCCAUUUCGCAAAUGCAAUGGUCAAAGAAGAAGAUGGGUGCUGAAAUCAAGUACUAUCUCGAAGAGGCUCGCGAUCUCGCCAUCGCUCAGCGUGGAAUGGGACUCGGACGAGUUAAUGGGGAGCUUUUUGAUAAGCCCCGUAAGAUUCAGACCAAGGAAGGGAAGUGGAUAGAGAUCACAGACCCAAGCCGACUUUAUAUUGCCCAGUCGUGGGUUGGCCGCGGAGAGUGGCGUGGCAAGGAGAUUGACUACAAGGGCCGAGGACGGAUGGGUGUCAUUCAACACCCUGCCACGAGUAUCACGGUGGUGCUCAAGGAGGAGAAGACGAGGAUAAGGGAGUACGAGGAGCGACAAGCAAAGAAGCAAGCCAAGGGACCAUGGGUACAUCUACCCAAUCGUAAAAUUCAUGGCCAACGACCUUAUUAUUCCUGGUAG